AAGAAGAAGAAGAAGAAGAAGAUAGUAGGCCAAUAUCAGGAGAUGCCAAGAAAAGGGUUGAGUUGACCUAACAUGAGUUCAUGUGAAGAGGACCAUGGCUGUGAGCCUGUAGGCCCCAUGCAGCAGAAGAGAUCACACUCUCCUGUACCGAGCUGUGUGUCCAUGAAGAGUGACAAGUCCAUGGAUCCUCCAUGGCAGUUUGCUGGAGGAAGAGUUCCUGAUGGUCAGAGCCCCAUGCAGCAGAAGAGAUCACACUCUCCUGUACCAAGCUGUGUGUCCAUGAAGAGUGACCAGUCCAUGGAUCCUCCAUGGCAUUUUACAGGAGAAACUGUUCUUGCUGGUCAGAGUCCCAUGCAGCAGAAGAGAUCACCAUCUCCUGUACCAAGCUGUGUGUCCAUGAAGAGUGACCGGUCCAUGGAUCCUCCAUGGCAAUUUGCUGGAGAAACUGUUCCUGAUAGUCAGAGAUACCAAAUUGAUAUAAUUAAUAUGCAGCAGAUCCACAAAUCCCACCUCCAGAAGAAGUUUCAGUCUCUGAUUGAAGGAAUCCCACAGCAGGGAGACAUCAGACUCCUCCAUGAGAUCUACACAGACCUCUACAUCACAGAGGGGGGAAGAGGAGAGGUCAAUGAUGAACAUGAAGUCCGACAGAUAGAGAGGGCAUCCUGGAGAGAAGCAGGACAAGGCAGAGCAAUUAAAUGCAGUGACGUCUUUAGACACUUCCUGAAAGAGGAAAGUCGCAGAAAAGAAGAUUUCCUAAAAAGUAAGGAAAAGAGAAGGGCACAGAAGGGCACAGUCUUUGAUCCCAGACAAUACAAACCCGAACAAUACAAACCCCUCAGAAUAACAGUGCUGACAAAGGGAGUGGCUGGCAUUGGAAAAACAGUCUCUGUGCAGAAGUUCAUUCUGGACUGGGCUGAAGGAACAGCUAAUCAGGAUAUCGACUUCAUAUUUUCUCUUCCUUUUCGGGAGCUAAAUUUGAUGAAAGAGAAGAAACUCAGUCUGGUGGAUCUUAUUCAGCACUUUUUCCCAGAAAUCAAAGAUACCAGAGUCUUCUCCAGUUCAGAGCACAGAGUCAUAUUCAUCUUUGAUGGUCUGGAUGAGUGUCGACUUCCUCUAGAUUUCCACCCCGACCCGACCUGUUGUGAUGUGACAUCACCAGCCUCAGUGGACAUGCUGCUGACAAGCCUCAUCAAGGGUGAUCUGCUUCCUUCUGCUCUCAUCUGGAUCACCACCCGACCAGCAGCAGCCAAUCAGAUCCCUCCUGAGUGUGUGGACAAGGUGACAGAAAUAAGGGGAUUUAAUGACCCACAGAAAGAGAAGUACUUCAGGAAGAGAAUCAGUGAUGAGAACCUUGUCAGUAAAACCAUCGCACACCUGAAGUCAUCCAGGAGCCUCUACAUCAUGUGCCACAUUCCAGUCUUCUGCUGGAUUUCAGCGACUGUUGUAGAGAAAGCAUCAAAAGAAUCAGACAAAGUAGAAAUGCCAAGGACUCUGACUCAAAUGUACACACACUUCCUGAUGAUGCAGACAGGCAUAAAACAUGUCAAGUACACAGAGAGAAAAGAGACAGAUAAAAAGGUGAUUUUCAAACUGGGGAAACUGGCUUUCCAACAGCUGGAGAAAGGCAAUCUGAUCUUCUAUGAGGAAGACUUGAGUGAGUGUGGCAUUGAUCUCACAGAAGCAUCAGUGUACUCAGGAGUGUGUACUCAGAUCUUCAGAGAAGAGGCUGGGCUGUACCAGGGGAAGGUGUUCAGCUUUGUGCAUCUGAGCAUCCAGGAGUUUCUUGCAGCUCUCUAUGUGUUCCUCUGUUUCAUCAACAGACAGGGAAACAUGCCUGACCAACAGCAAACCUCUCAGCUCUUUGCUCUGUUCAGAGCUGCAACACUUUAUGACCUACACAAGACUGCAGUGGACCUGGCCUUACAGAGUAAGAAUGGACAUCUGGACCUUUUCCUCCGCUUCCUUCUGGGCCUCUCACUGGAGUCCAAUCAGAAUCUCUUAACGAAUAUACACCCACAGAGCAGUAGCCAAUCAGAUAGCUCAGAGCAGACAGUGCAGUAUGUCAAACAGAAGAUCAGAGAUCAGAGUAGCUCAGAGAGAAGGAUCAACCUGUUCUACUGUCUGAAUGAGCUGAAUCACCAUGCUGUAGUGGAACACAAAAAGAACUCAGGAGAUCUGCAUGUAGAGACGCUCUUACCAGGAGAGUGGAGGACUAAGACAUGGAAGACGUUUAAGAUGUCAGAGAAGCAGCUGGCUGAGUUUGUCCUGCAGAAGUACAUAAAGACACCAGAGGAAGAUCAGACUGAACUCCUCAGUCCAGAGGUAGUUCUUCAGAAGGUGCUGCCAGGAGUCACAUCAGCUCUGCUGGAGAGCUGUAAUCUGACUGAUGAGAGCUGUUCCUAUCUGGCCUCUGCCCUGACCACACACUCCUCAAGUCUCAGACUGCUGGACCUGACUAACAAUAAGCUGCUGGACUCAGGAGUGGAACUUUUAUGUUCUGCACUUUGUCAUCAAAACUGCAAACUGGAGGAACUAAAGCUGGAGAAGUGUAAUCUGACUGAGAGGAGCUGUUCCUAUCUGGCCUCUGCCCUGACCACACACUCCUCAAGUCUCAGACUGCUGGACCUGAGUAGGAAUAAGCUGCUGGACUCAGGAGUGAAACUUUUAUGUUCUGCACUUUGUCAUCAGAACUGCAAACUGGAGGAACUACAGCUGAGUGAGUGUAGUCUGACUGAGAAGAGCUGUUCCUAUCUGGCCUCUGCCCUGACCACACACUCCUCAAGUCUCAGACUGCUGGACCUGUGGGGCAAUAAGCUGCUGGACUCAGGAGUGGAACUUUUAUGUUCUGCACUUUAUCAUCAGAAUUGCAAACUGGAGAAGCUAGAGCUGGAGAGCUGUCAUCUGACUGAUAAGAGCUGUUCCUAUCUGGCCUCUGCCCUGACCACACACUCCUCAAGUCUCAGACUGCUGGACCUGAGGAGCAAUUAUGGCCUGACUGAACCAUCUGUAGAGCAGCUCUCUGCUCUAGUGAAGGACCCACACUUUAAACUGGAGAAACUAAUAACUGAAUGGGGAACAGUAGAGUGUUGAGCCAAUGCCCUGAACUGGAUGGUGUCUGUGGUGCAGACACUCAUUAUGUAUGAGUGGGUUCACACACACACACACACACACACACACACACACACACACACACACACUGGACACAUCUCUGGCUGAUCAGCAUGCAGCAUGGACUCAGCAGACCAAGGAGCACCUCUCAAACAUGAGCACAGAUGGAUAUGUGGACAUCAUGUGUCAUAAUGACACACACACUCACACACACGCAAGCACAGAUGGACAGGUCGACAUUGUGUGGAUAUCAGCAUUUGUACAGUAUUCUGUCAUGGAUGAAACCAUGUGGACUGAGGUAAUCACUGUAUUUACAUCUAUCACACACACUCUCCUGUGAGCCAAAUGGAGUAUUGAGUUGAUUUCCAUGUCAUCUUUAAAUGGUGUUUUUGCAAUGUAAUUAUA